AAGACGCGGCAGCUGGUUGAGAGUGCCAUGCUGGCGGCUGUGACAGGCCUGGCCUACACCGUGGGCAACCUGCUCAAGCUGGAGAGCUACCUCGCCUACAUCCUGCCGCUGCCGGUGGUGCUGUCGGCGCUGCGGUCGGGACCCGUGCCGGCCGUCAAGACGCUGACCGUCACCUGCCUGCUCCUGCUGAUCCUGAUGGGCCCCGUGCGCGCCACCACCUACCUGCUGGUGUAUGGCGUUCUGUCGCUGUCGCUGGCCGUCUGCUGGGCGCUGCGGCUUCCGUGGGUGGUGAGCAUACCGCUGGGGGCGCUGGCGCGCAUCGGCGGGUACCUGGCCUACAUCGCCCUGUCCUCCUGGGUCACCAACGAAAACCUUCUGAUGCUGAUGCUGAACAACGUGUAUGCGCUGCUGGACCAGCUGUCGGCGCUGCUGGGCACCACGGGGUCGCCGCCGCUGCUGGCCGUGGCGAUCGUCCUCUGCUCCCUGCUCUUUGUCAACUCCAUCAUGUAUGUGGCGCUGUCGCACGUGCUGUACGCAAUCAUGCUGAGAGGGAUGGGCCUGGAGCUGCACGGGGCGCCAAAAUCUUUGGAGCGGUUUAUCGCUGGGCUUCCAACCACCUAG